AUGUUUGGGGUAAAGGAAAAUGCAAAGAGGGAGCAUCCAUUGGAAUGCGAGAUUCCAUUUGAGGCUAAAACGCACAUAGUAGCUGGCAGGCAACAGUUGUUCUGCCCUAUGCCAAUUGGAAAUGUGCGAAAUGCACGUUUGGCAAUGCACUAGUGUAUCGAUAACUCGCGGAUGGUUGGCAACACUGCUGGCCGGACGGAACAGCCGGCCGUCAAAUUUUUUUUUCCAACAUUUCAUUAUUUUCACGCUUGUGUUACGGCAAUAAAGUCGAUUGAUAAGCACGGAGAGAUCUGGCUACGGGUCUGGUGAAAUCCACAGAACAGACGGAACCCGUAUAGUAGUGCCGCCCUUUAUUGGUUUUAUCUCAAGUACGACGCGAUAAGAUUUUGAGCAACUCGAUCGCAGAUCUUCGGAAAAAAACAUGAACUCCAUCCUAAUAACCGGCUGCAAUCGAGGACUGGGUCUGGGCCUGGUCAAGGCGCUGCUGAAUCUUCCCCAGCCGCCGCAGCAUCUAUUUACCACCUGCCGGAAUCGCGAGCAGGCAAAGGAGCUGGAGGAUCUGGCCAAGAAGCACUCGAACAUCCACAUCCUUGAGAUUGAUUUGAGGAAUUUCGAUGCCUAUGACAAGCUUAUCGCCGACAUCGAGGGCGUGACCAAGGACCAAGGCCUCAAUGUGCUCUUCAACAAUGCCGGCAUAGCCCCCAAAUCGGCCAGGAUAACGGCCGUCCGCUCGCAGGAGCUGCUGGACACCCUGCAGACCAACACGGUGGUGCCAAUAAUGCUGGCCAAGGCGUGUUUGCCGCUUCUAAAGAAGGCGGCCAAAGCGAACGAAUCACAACCGAUGGGCGUGGGCCGUGCCGCCAUUAUCAACAUGUCCUCGAUACUUGGCUCCAUUCAGGGCAACACGGAUGGCGGAAUGUACGCCUAUCGCACCUCCAAGUCGGCCCUGAAUGCGGCCACCAAGUCGCUGAGCGUCGAUCUGUAUCCGCAGCGCAUCAUGUGCGUUAGUCUGCAUCCUGGCUGGGUGAAAACCGACAUGGGUGGCUCCAGCGCACCCUUGGACGUGCCCACCAGUACGGGCCAAAUUGUGCAGACCAUCAGCAAGCUGAGCGAGAAACAGAACGGCGGCUUUAUUAACUACGAUGGCACUCCGCUGGCCUGGUGAACUGUGACAGUGCUUAAUUUAGCUGCAUUUUGUUUCCGUUUGUUAAUUGUUGUUGAAUAAAAUGGGCUCUUAAGCCAGAGAA